GCCUCUGGCCCAAGCCAUGAGUGAUGCCGAAGUGAAUCCCAAAGCUUACCCCCUGGCUGAUGCGCAGCUCACCAAAACGCUGCUGGACCUUGUGCAGCAAUCCUGCAACUAUAAGCAGCUACGCAAGGGAGCCAAUGAAGCCACCAAAACACUGAACCGAGGGAUAGCGGAGUUCAUUGUGAUGGCGGCAGAUGCAGAGCCCUUGGAGAUCAUCCUGCACCUCCCUCUUCUCUGCGAGGACAAGAACGUACCUUACGUGUUUGUGCGCUCCAAGCAAGCCCUGGGCCGGGCCUGUGGUGUUUCCCGGCCGGUCAUCGCCUGCUCCAUCACCAUCAAGGAGGGAUCACAGCUAAAGCCUCAGAUCCAGUCUGUCCAGCAAGCUAUAGAAAGACUGUUGGUCUAACUGCCCAUGAGUUUAAGUGUCUGUGGAAUAGGAAGGUUGCAGUCAGGGGAAUUAAUGUCUAGCUUCAGUUGAGAUGAUAAUUUUGAUAUCAGUGUUUCAUUUCAAACCACCACAUUUUUGUUUAAUAAUGGCUUAAUUCUAGUGUUUCUGCCUCUCCUUCCCCCUCUUCUGUAUUACUCCACUCCAACACAUUCAUUCUCAUUGUAUUACUUCUUCAAAAGUGAUUGUACAACUGUAUUUCCUGUUUGAUGUUUAAAAAAAAAAUCUACCCUGCCCUUAUCUCCAUGUCUGCUUGCUUAGGGCUUUUUUUAACCCCCCUGUUAGCUUCCUCUGUGUUUUGCAGUAUUUCUGCUAAGCUUCAGCCUCUAACAGGUGUGAGCAACACUGCGUUUCUGGAUGGU